AUCGCACAGAGAUGUUAAACAUCAUCUGUUCAGUCAGCAUUUGUUGGAUUGCGGCUAGUGCAAUGAAUAUAAUUGCAUUUGUUUAGGCCAUAAAAUGUUGGAAUCAACUGCAACUGAGGAUACUGACAAUAAAUACGAGAAUAGCGCAGAUGUAGAGCAAGAAUACAAGUUUAUUGAAAAAGCUUAUGAUGAAUUUAACAAUGGGCAAUACGAGCAGUGUCUGGAAACACUAGAUGAGUUGGAAAAAUUUAAUGGAAGCAAUAACAAGUUGGAACACAAUCGCGCAGUGGCGAGAUUCUAUAAGUCCGGCUGUAAGGAUCAUGUCACGCUAUUGAAAAGCCUUAAUGAAAAUACCGGACCUGUUGGUAGAACCAGUCCCAUAGCGUCGAAAGCACUUUCAUAUAGUCCAAUAGCGCGUUACAACAUGACGAUAAUUUACUAUCACCGGCAUAUGUAUGAAACUGCGAUCAACACACUUAUGCCGCUGGUGGAUCAAAUUGAUGAUUUAGAAGAACACAUGGCUGCACUUGUGAGUACAUUUAUGCUACGGCUGCUGCUGGUCACCAACCAAUUGCGCAAAGCGGCUGCAUUUCUGGAAAUGCUGCAAUCGCCUGACCAUAAAUCAUCGCUCUACUUGAACCGAGAUACAUUAAUAGGCGAAGAAGCUUCAGCUUUGGAAACGACAACUGCUAACCAUGAAAAUUUUCAACGCGCUUACAAAUUCUUGGCUAUACAAACAUGUGUUAUGAAUCGUAAACCUAUAGUGGUGGCAGAAGAUGGUUCAGCGGAGUUUUCUUCACUUAAAGCACAUCAAUAUUACAUUAUGAAGGACUUUCAAAUGGCAGCAAAACAACUGAAAAAGGUCAACGAGAUAAAUGCCACUGGCGAAGGAAGCGACAUGCUUAACACCUGUAUUGCCAACAAUAUGGGCGUAAUACAUUUGCGUGUACGUCACUAUGCAAUUGCGGCGAAAUUCUUUCAGGAUGCUAUAACUUUUGACAAGCGCAUAGCCGCCAAUAUGCGCAAUGUUUCACUCUAUCAAAUGAGCACAGCGCGCACUUGUGAAAUACUCUACAAUUUGGGUAUUGCUAUGUUGCAUUUGCGACGUCCAAAAGAAGCGUACAAUUGUUUCUAUGUGCCGUUGAAAGCGUAUCACAGCAAUCCGCGCUUAUGGUUUCGUAUAUCGGAAGCCUGCAUAAUGGAUCAUGAAAUGAAAAUGUUAGAAGCGGAUAGCAAACCAAUGGUCACAUCUGUGGUUAACAAUGGUGGACGCAAAACAUACUUCUUGAAAUCUACAGACAAUAUGGCAUAUUCGCUUGAUAAAGGCGCACAAGAAUCUGGUCCCAAUCUGCACUUUGCCGCCUUGGCGCUACGUAAUGCCCUCACGCUUACCACAUAUUAUAAGAGCGCCUUUGAAAUGACUGAAGACAAUGAAUUGCCUACAGAGCGGGAGAAAGAGAAUUGGCGUAAUGUCAAGGAUAAUAAUUUUUGCAAUCCCUCCAGACCGAUUUCCAAAAACUCACUCAACACUAUGCUCUGUGCGAUUUAUGCGGCCUACAGUUAUGUGUCGCUACGUUUGGGCGAUUAUGUUUGCGCACUCGAAAUGGCGCAAGAGCUGUUGAAGGCUGAAAAACUCUCCGAUGCGCACAGACUCCUAGCGCAUAUGUAUGCUGGUGAGGCCUUACUAAUGUUGGAUAAAUUGGAGGAGGCACGUCCACAUUUUGAGCCAACAUUUGUGUCGAACUUGAAUGCAUUUGAUUUCGAGACAAAAGAUUGGCGCGUAAAGUCUUUGGAUGCGGCGCAGAAUGUUGUACGUUACAAUUUAGCUGUGGUCAUGGCAUUGCAAGGUGACUUCGAGCUGUGCCGUAACAUCAUGAGUAGUUGUACUCACCCAAUUGUGGCUGCUAAAGUGCUCUCGUUGAAGACUUAUCUCGAUAUAAGAAUGGGAAAGUGUGCAUAAGAAAGCUUGGAAAACCCCAUUACGUAGUUUAGAUGUUAGGUGCAUUUGAUCAAUUUGAGUUAUGUUCAAAUAUAUGUUUUCGUUUACGUUAGAAUGCAAUCUACAAUAAAUAAAUAAAUAAAGAUUUUUUAAACAAA